CUGGAGACGUUUGGUCUGGAGACUAAAGUUGGAGAAGAAACUGAGCCCAACAGCCCACGUAAAACUGGAACAAAGCCCCUGGGUUGCUUUCUGGCUUGAAUGUUGUACUGUAUAACAAACCCAAAGCUGAUUCCUUUUUCUGGGGUGGGAAGAUACCCCACUGUCAACUUUUUCUCUUAACAAACAAACAAACAAACAAGCACUUUGCUUUCCUCAACUUCAUUUCUCUCCCAAGAAUCCGCUUUAGCUUUCUGGAGGUUUAUCCCUGAAACCAAGGAAAGCCAACCUACUGGACAAUCAUAGAGACAUUCCCCAGACUUUUAGACCCAUGAAUUACACCUUCCUUUUCUUUGUGCAAUCCUAACAGAUGUUGGGGAAAGAUUGUCUUAGAUCAAAUCAAAUAAAUAUGUAUUUCUUCGUUUGGCUUUGCUACAGUUAAUUUUGCUAGAAAUAUAACACUACUUACCCAACCCAGGGCUUCAAUGGUUAAUGCUUCUGAGUUCCUAAGAGUAACUAAAGAUCUGUAGGUUUACAGACGAGGUACAUUGAGAUCUUCCCUUAAAAGUUAUAAAGCAGUAAACUUUAUAAGCCCAAGUUCCGGCUAUAUGACAUUUGGAUGCCAAAUGAAUAGGGUUUUGUCUAUGAAUUAGAUCGUAAAAUCAUCCAUAGCACAGACAGAUAGGCUCACUGGCUAUAAAAAGUCACGUGGUGCCAUUAAAGUAAGUUUUAUGGUUCUGGGGAGUUGUCAUCCAACAUUAUAUACCACAUAACAUAUAAUCACACUGAUGCUGGACUUCAUUUGACUCUCUUACAGGCUACGUGUCCCUCCUGGUCAUUCAAAUUGUCAGGGUUUAGGUACAGAAGUAUCUCUCCCCAAGUUCUCACAUACUCAGUGAAAAAAAGCUCUUAAGCAAUUCUGAAAGGCAUUCUCUUGGAAAAGGUCUGCGAAGACACGAAGGAUUUUCUUGGGGAAAAUGUGUUCAUGUAUAAAAGACACAGUCGCUUGGCUGUGCCCCGAAAGUGUAUACUUUCUGGGUGGAGUAUCGAACACGGGCGGAAAAAUACAUAUGGCCGAUUGUCAUCGUUCAAGCACUCUGGGACACCGGAAAAAACGACAUAAAGGAAUAUACAAUCUGGAAACAAUUCUGUCCCAUGGUUGGAAGCACGAGGAGGUCUACCAGGAGAGGCCAUUGGAGGAGAAACGUCACGUGACAGAGGGGUGCCAAUGUUAUUCUUUAAGGGUGUCAAGACCCUGUCAGUUUGUGAAAUAAAUAUUGGGAAACAACGAAAUGCAAAAAGCGACCUACUACGACAGCUCUGCGAUCUAUGGCGGCUAUCCCUACCAAGGAGCAAAUGGUUUCGCUUACAAUGCUAGUCAGCAGCAAUAUCCUCCACCUUCUGCUUCAGCGCUGGUGGAAACUGAGUACCAUCGACCUGCAUGCUCUUUGCAGUCCCCCGGCGGCGGCGCCAACAGCACCGUGUCCCACCACAAGGCCAAUGAAAUCAGCGAAAUCAGCGAGAGUUGUAUGAGGACCAUCACCGGCCAGUCUCUCCCGCCCCCAGUCCUUGCAGAGCAGCCCCAGCAACAGCCUCUGACCCAACAGGCACCCCCACCGCGCCCUCCUCCACCCCCCUCUGUAUCACCACCUCAAAAUGCCACCACCAACCCAACCCCGGCCAACGCCACCAAGAGCUCCAUCUUGAACUCGCCCACCAUGUCCAAACAAAUCUUUCCCUGGAUGAAAGAGUCACGGCAAAACACCAAGCAGAAAAACAGCGGCUCCAGCUCAGGUGAGAGUUGUGCUGGUGAUAAAAGCCCCCCAGGGCAAGCUUCUUCUAAAAGAGCUCGCACGGCUUACACCAGUGCCCAGCUGGUAGAACUGGAAAAGGAGUUCCACUUCAAUAGAUACCUUUGCAGGCCACGAAGGGUAGAGAUGGCUAACCUGCUAAAUCUCACAGAAAGACAGAUCAAAAUAUGGUUUCAGAAUCGCAGGAUGAAAUACAAAAAGGAUCAGAAGGGCAAAGGCAUGAUGACCUCUUCUGGAGGACAGUCCCCCAGCAGGAGUCCUGUCCCUCCAGCUGCUGGAGGCUACCUGAAUUCUAUGCAUUCCCUCGUCAACAGUGUUCCAUAUGAACCCCAAUCACCACCAUCUUUCAACAAGACUCAUCCGAAUACCUACGGCAUCCCUACGCCAUAUCCGGCUCCUCUCAAUAACUGCCCGCCUCCUCAAAAGAGAUACACCGGAACUGCAGCAGUGACGCCUGAAUAUGACCCCCAUCCUCUUCAAGGCAAUGGUUAUGGCAAUCCACAUAUACAGGGAAGCCCCGUUUAUGUUGGGGGCAAUUAUGUGGAUACCAUGGGGAAUUCGGGACCAUCCAUCUUUGGUCUAACUCACCUCCCUUCCUCUGCCAACAUGGACUAUGGUGGGGCGAUGGGCAACAAUCAUCACCAUGGACCUUGUGAUCCCCACCCCACAUACACAGAUCUUACUUCUCACCAUCCUUCUCAGGGAAGAAUUCAGGAAGCGCCCAAACUGACCCAUCUGUAAUAUACCAUUGGUUAUACAGUGAAUCUUAAAAGCUUCCCAACUUUUUUUUAAGAAAUGGGGAAAAAAACCAACUUUUAAAUCCUCCCCCCCACCCAACACACACCGUUUUAUUUGCUUCUGGGUUUUGUUCUGAUGUGUUUCCUUUUGGUAAAAUGCGUUUUCCAGUUUAUGUGACGUAGCAAUAUUUGUUGCUUGAAUUGCUCUCUAGUUUCAAUAGUGAUAUUUAUCUCCUUGAACUCUUGCCUUGUGAUCUCGCUUUGAGAGUAUGCAUAGGCUUUAUACUCUUGACUUCGACUCUUUUAUCAAAACAGGGUAUUAUGAACAAAUUUUCUACACAGACAGUUCUUAAAUGUGAAUUUGUUCGUAUGGAAUCAGUCCCACCUGGGAAACAUUUUUUAUUUUAAUUGCACUUCUUUUAGAUAACAAGAAAAAAAAGGCGCUUGAACAGGGGCUCCCUGAGCAAAAUGAUUAAUACGUGUAUGUCUUUCAACGUGUGUAUGCUGGUGAACUUUCAGAUUUAUUUAUAUUUUUUUGCAAACUUUGAAUAAUCUAAGUGUUUAAAUUUUUUAUUUAUCCCCAUCUGUUCAUAUUUAUAUAUAUAAAGAUAUUAAAAAAAUAAACUUCUGUACCCUGAGUAUUCAGGAGAUAUUUA